AGUUUUUCAUGUCUACCCCAAAAUGACUCGUUAGGUUCUACUGUUUUGUCUUAAAUCUGGAGAACGUUGUCCUCUACGUCUUUGUUCUAAGCGAUUAUCGCUAUUAUUUUUGUGAUAGCUUGGAAACAGAUAAAUGAAGACGUAAAUUAGAUACGUUAGGUUAGGUUUAUUAGAUUUGUUUUAUCCGUUACUUGGGUAGUCUCGGGCCUUACUUAUACCAAAGCUUGUAGUUUCUAGUUUUUAAUUUAUACAUGAAACGGGCAAAAUAUUACAAUAAUGAGAUAUUCAAUAUUGAAAACUCGAAAUUAAAAAUAUCAUCGAUUAUUUUCAGAAAACAUAUCGAUAUCUUGAUAUAUCGAUAUUUUUUGCCCUUCCCUAGACUCCAAUAGUUUUGUCAAUCGGAAUCACUUAGAAUAGUUAUCAACCCUUAACCUCACUUUUCAGUUUCCUGAUCACAACCCUUCAACAUUAAAAGUGACGUGACAAGUCUCGUUUAAUUCAUAAAUUUAGUUAUGAAUUUUUAGAAACAAUGCCGUCAAGUUCAUUAAAAUGGCAAAUUGCAUUGGGUUUGGGGGCAGCGGGAGCUUUAGGUUUGGCGUAUUGGUAUCUAAAAUCAAGUAAUAGGCAAUCUUUACAAACGCUGAGUGCGGUAGUAGAAGACGAAAAGGAAGAAACGCCUUUCCAAAAAGCUCAAAGGUACAAGACUGAGGGAAAUGAAUUAUUCAAAAGAGGUAAAUACGAUGAAGCUAUUUCGUAUUAUAACAAAGCCAUCGACACCAUUCCUGAAGAAUACAGAACCGAUCUUGCUACUUACUAUCAAAACCGAGCUGCCGCCUACGAACAGUUGAAAAAGUGGAGUUCCGUAAUUUCAGAUUGCACUAAAGCAAUCGAACUUAACAAUCGCUAUGAAAAAGCAUUGUACAGAAGAGCUAAGGCCGAAGAAAUGAACAAAGAUUGGAUAAAUGCACUAGAUGAUAUCACUUCUGUUUGUCUACUGCAAAACUUUCAAAAUCAAAAUUCUUUGCUUAUGGCUGAUCGGGUAUUGAAGGAAUUAGGAAAACAAAAUGCAGCCGAAGCUAUAAAAAAUAGAAAACCUGUUAUACCUUCUCACAGUUUUAUUAAAACAUAUUUUUCAUCUUUCUCUGAAGAUCCAGUUUAUAAAAAAUUGUUGGAAGCAAAUGAACCUUUGGGACAGGGAGAUUUAAAAGGGUUUUUAAAGGCUAAGUUGGCAUUUGCUACAGAGAAAUAUGAGGAAGUAAUUCCAGCAUGUACUGAAGAAUUAAGUUUUAGUGAAUCUGAAUCAUUGUACAAAUUUGAAGCUUUAUCUCUUAGAGCUUCAUUUUAUUUUCUCACUGGUCAGUUUAAAGAGGCCUUAGAUGACCUUAGUCUAAUAAUAGAUUCAUCAGAAGCAGAUAUUUACAUAAAAGUUAAUUCUCUUAUAAAGAGAUCAUCAAUAUAUAUGCAGACUGAAAAAGUACAUGAAUGCCUUGCAGAUUUUGAGAAAGCUGCUGAAAUUGGUUCUAAUAUUUCAGAUGUAUUUCACCACAGGGGACAAGUUAAACUUUUGAUGGAACAAGUUCAAGAAGCUAGAAACGAUUUUGAAAGAGCAGUAAGUUUAAAUCCAGACUUUGCGGUUGCCGUCGUACAAAAAUGUUAUGCAGACUACCGUUAUGCUAUGCAGAUGAAAGAUGUAUCUCUUCUAAUGCGAACAAUGGACGAUUUUCGUAGAGCUAUUGAAAGAUUUCCAGAUUGCCCAGAGACGUAUAUUUUAUUUGCUCAAGUAAAAACUGAAAAACAAGAAUUUCAAGAAGCUGAAAAGUUAUAUCUAACUGCUAUGGAAAUAGAUCCUAAUAAUGCUUCAAUAUAUGUACACAGAGGACUUCUGCUGUUACAAUGGAAAGGAGAAAUAGAAAAUGCAGUAAAGUUAAUGAAACAAGCUAUUCAAGUUGAUGAUAAGUCUGAAUUUGCUUAUGAGACAUUAGGAACUGUUGAAGUACAAAGAGGAAAUCUGGUUCUUGCAAUAGAAUUGUUCAACAAAGCAAUUUCAUUGGCAAGAUCUGAAAUGGAAAUGGUACAUUUAUUCUCUUUGAGAGAUGCGGCAUCUUCACAGCUUAAAAUUGCGUCUAAUUUGGGAUUAGGACCAGAUAUUUUGAAAGAAGCCUAAUGUUUUUUUUUGUAUUUUGUUAUGACUUUUUUGUUGUUUUUAAAUUUGAAAUGUAGUAAAAGAAAUAAUAGACUUUUGGAAAGAACGUUGCUGACUGUAAAUACAAGCCAUUCCUAAAUUAAAUGUUUAUAACAGUU